AAGCUACUUUCCCUCAACAUUUCCCUUCACAUUCACUUCAUCACUCUUCACACUUGCAUAUUCCUUGCUUCUUCACUCGGCUAUUCUUUCUCACCUCCCAUGGAGGCGAUGCACAUCACUCCCUCGAGAUAUCUCGCCGCAAAAUUGGUUCACAACAGUGGCAUCAACUGUUUUAGGCAGCUGGGAUUUGCUUCAUUUUCGUCCGGGAAGAGAAAAGAUCGUUCCUUUUGUAUCAGAGCGAGAUCCAAUAAGGAAGAGGGUGAGUUUGUGAGAAGGGGCAGCGGGAAUGCCAAGAAUCAGGAGACGAAGGAGGGAGUUUUGGUGGGAGAUGAGAGUGAUGAGAUUGGCUCUGUUGUUGGCUUUCGCUUCAUUCAUAAUUCUGUAAGCAGCGAUGACAGAGUCUCGGAAACUCAAGAAGAUGAAGCAGAGAAUCUGUCUGAAGAAACCAAAAGUAGUGAUACAACUUCCCCCCGCACAACCUACAAUGUGGUUUUUGUAACUUCUGAAGCAGCCCCUUAUUCGAAAACCGGAGGCUUGGGAGAUGUCUGUGGCUCCUUACCAAUAGCAUUGGCUGCACGAGGUCACCGUGUAAUGGUUGUAUCACCAAGAUAUAUGGAUGGAGGUUUAUCAGAUCAAAAAUUUGCCAAUGCCGUUGAUACUGAAAGGCCGACCAAGAUCCAUUGCUUUGGUGGUGUACAGGAGGUUGGAUUAUUCCAUGAAUACAGGGCUGGAGUUGAUUGGGUCUUUGUAGACCACCCCUCAUACCACCGACCUGGAACUCCAUAUGGCGAUGGUUUUGGUGCGUUUGGUGAUAAUCAGUUCCGGUUCACUUUACUUUGUCACGCAGCUUGUGAAGCUCCCUUAGUGCUGCCGCUGGGAGGUUACACAUAUGGAGAUAAAUGUCUAUUUAUAGCAAACGACUGGCAUGCCGGCCUAGUUCCUGUGCUCUUAGCCGCAAAAUAUCGUCCACACGGUGUAUACAAGGAUGCGCGGAGUAUAAUUGUGAUACAUAAUCUAGCACAUCAGGGUGUGGAACCAGCAGUCACGUAUAAGAAUUUCGGAUUGCCUCCUGGGUGGUACAAGGCGUUGGAAUGGGUGUUCCCAACUUGGGCGAGGACACAUGCUCUCGACCCUGGUGAAGCAGUCAAUGUUCUGAAAUCUGCUAUAGUCACUGCUGACAGAAUAGUGACAGUAAGCCAGGGUUACGCCUGGGAAAUAACCACCCCUGACGGUGGAUAUGGGUUACAAGAGCUAUUAAGCAGUCGGAAAUCAGUUUUGACAGGAAUCACAAACGGAGUUGACACCGAAGAAUGGAAUCCAUCUACUGAUCCACAUCUUCCUUCUCUCUACUCGAUUGACAAUCUCUCUGGAAAGGCUGAGUGUAAAGCUGCGCUGCAAGCAGAACUAGGUCUUCCAGUUCGACCCGAUUGUCCUAUGAUUGGGUUUAUCGGGAGACUUGACUAUCAGAAAGGCGUUGACAUUCUUCUUUCAGCCGCCCCACAUGUUAUGUAUGAUGAUGUCCAAUUUGUAAUGCUCGGAUCCGGAGAGAAGCAAUACGAAGACUGGAUGAGGCAACUAGAAUCCACUUAUAAGGACAAGUAUCGGGGCUGGGUUGGGUUCAACGUCCCGAUCUCGCAUAGGAUUACAGCAGGCUGUGACAUACUCGUGAUGCCUUCGAGAUUCGAGCCGUGUGGGCUGAACCAGCUGUAUGCAAUGAGAUACGCCACUGUUCCCGUUGUCCACAGCACUGGAGGGCUAAGAGACACGGUCCAAAAUUUCGACCCAUAUGCGAAGGAAGGUGCGGGUGAAGGUACUGGAUGGGCGUUUUCUCCUCUAACGAAAGACAGCUUACUGACGGCGCUACAAAGAGCAGUUUUGACGUGCAGAGAGCACAAAACGUCGUGGGAGGGACUAAUGAAGCGCGGGAUGGAGAAGAACACAUCGUGGGACAAUGCUGCAGGUCAGUACGAGCAAGUCUUCGACUGGGCCUUCAUUGAUCCUCCUUACGCUGGCUGAGUUUGCACGAACACGAAAAUGGUGCUCGCUCGUUCUUUCUAGUGUUUCGUCUUGAUGUCGGGUUUGUGACACGUGUUAGUAUUCGUGCUGGUGUUUUCGUGCAACUAAUCCGCUCGAUUAGUCAAUGCCUGAUGGUUUAGUUCUGGUUGUAGAAAUGCAGAUGGAUUAGCAAAAGAAGAUUGGCAAUAAGAUGAGAAGUAACAAAAGAGAACUACUACUAUACUUCAUAAUUUCCGUUGAUAUUCAUCAAUAUUUUGGUGGUU